UUUUAUAAUUAUAAUUUACUUAUUUUUUUUUAAAUAAUAGAUUAUUAUAGCAAUAGUAUUACAGAUUAUUUUUAUUUAAACAAAAACUUACUUUAACUAGUCAAUUAUAAACUGAACUGAGUUUUAGUACAAUCACAAUCCAUCCUGCUUACGUGUUGUGACUAAAAAUAAUGCAAUAAAAGUUAAAUUAAGUCCAUACCAGCCUAGUUAUGAAUAAGAAACCAAGAAUAGGUCCUAAAAUACGAAUAACACGCCCAGCAUUACGUCGGAAGCCAGAGAAUUUACCACCAAAUUUCGACGGAAAGAACUUCAUUUAUACUUGCCAAUACUGUUGUGUAAAAUUCACUCAAAACAGUCAUUUCUUUCGACAUAUGACGUCGAACCACCAAGCCCAGCAACGGCAAGCUACUUUUGAAUGCAAUGACUGUCAGAUCAUGUUCAAAAAAAAGAGUAACUUGGAUAUACACUGCCAAACUCAGCAUCAGAUCAAAAGUAAGUCAAAAUGCGAGGCGUGUGCUAUUACGUUUAAGUCACGUUACUGCCUUCGACAACACUUAAAGUUGAAACAAAUUUUAGCUGAAAAUUCAUGUAUAAAAUGUCAGAAAAAGUUUACAAGCAAGGAUAGACUGAAUAAACACUACAACAACAAACAUACAUACAAAAAUGUAACAUUUGAGUGUGAUUUCUGCUCUCUUAAGUUUAAAGCAAAGGAAUCCCUACUAACUCAUUUGAAAAGAGUACAUAAUCGGUUUAGAUUUUUGUAAAAUUACAGUUCACCUACCCAUGGCCUCUUGAGAUUUUAGAUUAUUAUUUAUUCGCAGGACAUUCAUGAUUGAAUUUAUUUUACUUCUCUUUUAAUUC